CCAGCUCUCGCCUGCGUCCACUCCAAGACCAUUGGGAAAUCCCAACCAAUCUGAAGAAGCUACCAAGUCGUUCUUCUCAUAGAAGGCCCCGCUUUAAUUAUUAUUAUUAUUUUUAUUAAUCCCCCAACUAGAUAUUAUAUAUACAACAGAAGGGCCGAAUCGUCUCGGUUCGGACGUUUCGAGAUGGGUUAUCUGUUCUCUUUUGAUCCUCCUAAUCCGAGGCGAUAAAAACCUUUCUUACACUCCACGAAGUCCUUCCAUUUUGAAACGAUCCUUGUCCCAAGGUUCGUCCUAACCGGAUGUUGCCUUGGAUUUUGUUUCGUUUUCUAGUUGGAUUCUUCUUCGAUGCCUAGUCGUCUCAAAAGUUUAUUUUUUUCAUUUUCUUCAGAGGGAUUUGUGAGGUUUUUUGGUUAAGAAGACUUUGGAGUUGGACGAAGCUGGGUUGUGUUUCUUUGGAGAUAUAGCAAUGUCAGGUGGGACGCCGGUGGGCACUGUGCGGCAGAGAUGCAAUCAGGGUUAUGCGUCGAGCGGGGAUGAUCUUGAAGACGAUGCUUGUUCGAGGCUGACCAUCUCGUCAUCUUCGUCAUUGCUGGUGGUGCGCCGGACGCAGAGUUGGGUUGAUGUUUUGGAGAAUAUAAUUUGGUUGGUUUCUGCUACAUUCAUAUUUUACUAUGGCGAUCGCCGUCGGAAUUUCCUGCGCGUAUUGUGGUCGGAUUUAAGGAUUAACAGGAAGGCUCUUCAUCUUGGUCUAGUUGUUAUUGUUAUGGAUAUAUGCCUGAUUAUGUAUGCUGUUCUUCAGGCAAAGGUUUCAAAAAAACCAUAUGAUAAAAAUGAAGCAUUACGGGCAAUCGCGCCACUUGUUAUUUUGCUUGGACUUGCCUCAUUCUGCUUGUUAUCAUAUGGUUUGUGGCCUAUUUGGGGCUUGUUGACUAUACCACUUUUGUUUACACUAUUGAUGGCUUCCAUGGUUGUAUUAACAUAUCUGCUGUUUGGAAGACAACGAUCUCAAUCUGCUACAACUCGGACUGAUUGAAAUUGGAGGUUCUCAUAUGGCAUGCAACUUUUAGUCAUGAAGAUGCUGCAAACACUGACCCUAUUUUGGAGAUUUUGAUCUGUCAUACAUUUCUCAGUGCUGACUGCUCAAAAUUUUUUGGUAUUCAUUCAGAUUAGAUGAAAGAAGUUUAGUUAAUGGCCUAGUACUAUUACCCUUUAUAGAAGUAGAAAUUUCUGUUAUUCUUGCUGGCUCAUCACAGUUGUAAAUAAAUCUUUAAAACAAAUAGGUCUGAUUAGAAGAGUUCAGCUGCCUACAAGUUCUGAUUAGAAGAGUUAAGAUGGUGCAGUUUGAUAAACAAAAUAUGAUUUUUUUUCUUUCCUUUUUAGCUGGUUAGUUUGGCAUAGAACUUCCUAAAUUCAUUUCCUUCUUUCAUUUCGAAGGGUUGUAAAUAUUAUAGUUUAGAUUCUUGCUAGUUUCGUUUGUACCACAAAUAAUUUGGGAAGUUGUUGGCUUGGUGCAAAAAGGUUCAUAAUCUGUCACAUUUCUAACUUGUCUUA